AUGCAAAGUCAGAAUUAUGCAUUUCAACAUCAUGCAUUUAGUAAACUUUCAGUGUCAAGCAUGUGGGGCCUUGUAAAAGAUGUUCUCACUGAAGCCAAUGGUGAGAAGAAGUGGAAGUUUGUUGAGACCAUUGAAUUGCAGAUUGGUCUGAAGAACUAUGACCCUUGGAGGGAUAAGCAUUUCAGCAGAACCAUUAAGCUCCCCAAUGUUCCUCAUCUCAGGAUGUCCAUUUGCAUUCUUGCUGAUGCUGCUGACAUUGAUCAUGCCAAACAGGUUGAGCUCGAGUACAUGUCCAUUGAUGAUUUGAAAAAGCUUAACAAAAACAAGAAGCUUGUCAAGAAGCUCACUAAGAAGUACAAUGCUUUCUUAGCUUCUGAGACUCUUAUCAAGCAGAUCCCUCAUCUCUUGGGUCCCGGUUUGUCCAAGGCUGGAAAUUUCUCCACACCAGUGUCGCAUGCUGAAGACCUUUCCAAUAAGCUAACAGAGGUCCACUCUACCAUCAAGUUCCAGCUCAAGAAGGUUCUGUGCUUGGGCAUCACCAUCAGCCAUGUCCAAAUGACUGAGGACCAAGUCCUCGCCAACAUCAUGCUCAGCAUCAACUUUCUGAACAUCAAGUCCCUCCACAUCAAGACUGCCAUGGGCAAGCCUGUCUAUGUCUCCUAA